AUGUCCAAUGACAUCCAAUUACAAUUGGUUGAGCGCCUACAAAGCAGUACAUUUGCCAUACAGUUGGACGAAAGUACCGAUAUUGCAGGCCAAGCGCAGUUACUGGUCUACGUUAGAUAUUGCUUUGACAAUGAUGUGGUCGAGGACUUUCUGUUCUGCAAACCUGUGCCAAGAACAACAGGUGAAGGUAUAUUUGCAAUGCUAAAUGAUUUCUUCAUUGCUAACAAGCUUGAGUGGUCCAGCUGUAUUGGAAUUUGUACGGACGAAGCUGCAGCAAUGACAGGUCAUAAAAGUGGGGUUGUUGCACGCGUACGAACUGUUUCUCCGAAUAUUAUUUCCACACAUUGCAUGAUUCAUCGCGAAGCUCUUGCUAGUAAGAAUUUAAACGAAUCCUACAGUGAAGUGCUAAAUACAUGCAUUAAACUAGUUAACUGGAUAAAGUGCAGACUGUUGAAUGGACGACUGUUUGCUGCACUGUGUGAAGAAAGCGGCUCAGAUCAUCGACAUCUGCUGCUACACACAGAGGUUCGCUGGUUGUCACGCGGAAAGGUACUUCAACGCGUCUUCGAGCUUCAAAGUGAACUGGCAUCAUUUUUGAUGGAUAAAAACUCAGAGCUGGUGAAGUUUGUUUCAGAUAAUGUAUGGCUUGCAAAAUUGGCUUACCUGGCUGAUAUCUUUUGUCAACUUAAUGCACUUAACACAUCACUGCAAGUCAGAGAUUCAAGCAUGUUGAAAACAACAGACAAGAUAACUGCCUUCAAGAAAAAGUUGAGAAUAUGGAAGACACGAGUACAAAAUAAAAGCUAUAUCUUUGACCAUUUGUCGGCGAUAGAAGAAUACUUUGACAGGUACUUUCCAACAGAUAACAUUGCAGAUUAUGACUGGAUCAGAAAUCCAUUCAGUUGUCAGCUUACCGACUUGACCGGGAAGGAAGAAGAACAGUUGGCUGAAUUGUCUAGUGACAGAAGUCUCAAACUUAAAUUUCAAGAACAAACAUUGACCGCGUUUUGGUGCAACGUUAGGAACGAAUAUACGCUUUUAGCUGAGAGAGCAUUGACUGUGCUGGUCCCAUUUGUAACUACCUACCAGUGCGAAGAAUCGUUCUCAGCAUUAGCUGUGAUAAAAUCUAAGUUUAGAUUACGUCUCCAGGUGGAAGAUGACAUUCGCAUCAGGGGUCCGCGAAUAUUGUAUGGCUUGUAA